UUGUCACUCACAUGACAGUGGACUUCGUGCAGAUUUGGCAACCCUGUUGUAAACUAACAAUCUUCAUUCAUUAAAAUGUCUUGUGUCAGCUGAAGAACAAGAUAGUAAAAGUAUCGCGGUACGAUAUAUUUAGCUACCUAUUCUUUUUUUAAAUAAUCUCUUUUAAGCGAUCGAUUACAUUUCGUAGUUUGGCCGAACGAUCCUCGAUCAAAGGUCAUCAGAAUUUUACCAGCUCAGAAAGGUUCAACAUGUCCACGCGAAACGUGGCUCGGUUUUGGGAGUGGGGUAAAAAAAUAAUCUGCGUGGGUAGAAAUUACGCCGAGCAUGCGAAAGAGCUGAAUAACGCCCUGCCCACGGAACCUGUGCUGUUCCUGAAACCCCCGAGCGCGUAUGUGAAGGAAGGCUCUCCGAUCGUGGUUCCCCACUACAGCAGCAACCUGCACCAUGAAGUGGAGCUCGGGGUGGUGGUGGGCAAGGCGGGCAGGGCGAUCCACGAGUCCUCUGCCAUGGAGCAUGUGGCAGGAUACGCGCUGUGCUUGGACAUGACCGCCCGCGACGUGCAGGAUCGAUGCAAAGCUAAAGGACUGCCCUGGACCCUCGCUAAAGCCUUCGACACCUCCUGUCCCGUCAGCGACUUCAUCCCGAAGGAGCGCAUUCCGGACCCGUCAGGUGUGGAGCUCUGGCUCCGGGUGAACAGCGAGACCCGGCAGAGGGGCAGCACAGCGCACAUGAUCUUUUCCGUACCAUAUUUAAUCAGCUACAUCAGCAGGGUCAUAACUUUGGAGGAGGGUGACCUGAUACUCACCGGGACGCCGAAAGGAGUUGCGGCUGUUAGGGAGGACGACGAGCUUCAGGCUGGUAUUGAGGGGAUCAUCACCAUGAGCUUCAAAGUUGGAAGAUCUGACUCCAUGCAGAACUGAAUCAAUAAACCAAUCAUGUGAUCUUUUAUCAUGUUGCUGUCUCAGGGCUACAAAUCAGAAUGCAAAUGUGUGGAUCUGGCAACAAUGAGGGCCAGAUAACUGUUAUACCACAAUAAAUGGAUUGUAAAUCUAA